AUGGCAAAACGAACAGCUACCACUUCAACUACUAGUGCAGAUCCAUCCUCGCCUAUGGUGAAGAAACAAACAAUUCACAGUACAUACGACACAGCAGCAAUCGAAACUUGGGUCAAAUGCGGUGAAUGUGCAAACACCCUUGGCCUUACAAAAGAAGCAAUCAAAUCUUUUGAAAAUGCUGUGCAUCGAGAUCCAUCAAAUAUUACUGCCCUUUGUGGCCUAAGUCUAUCACUUCGUGUUAAUGACAUCACUCAAAAUGAAACUUUUGGCUCUCAAUCAGCUAUAGAAAAGAUUAAUGCAUCAAUCGAUAUGUUCCCCCAUCUUUUACAACAUCUGAACAUAUUCAAAGAAUUGGCUGAAUGUUAUUUACUCAUUGGUUUAAAUGAUCAAGCGCAUCAAGCUAUACAAUCGGCCAUACAAUUAUCACCAAAUGAUGCAUCAUUAUGGUUGCUAAGCGCACAAACUUUGAUUCGAGCCGGUGCAAGAAGCCAUGCAGCCAACUCCCUAUCACAUUGCUUAUCUUUACUACCACCCAACGAAUCAAGCUAUUCAUCUCAAGACAUUGAAACUGCUAGAGCUGCUCAUGCUGAACUAGCAGCAAUUGCUGCUGCCGAUGGCAACAUUGAAACAUCAAUAGCAGAACUCACUUCGACACUUUCUUUACCUCCACCACCAUUAUCCAGAAUAGAUGAACAUAUCGCCCUUUGGUGUGCAUUAUCAACAGCUAAAGAACGUGCUAAUGACAUCACUGGCGCCAUUAAAGCAUGCGAAGAUGCACAAUUGGCUGUGGGGAACUCUCCCCGAAUCUUGAUGACAAAUGCGUACCUCCUAUUACUUUUGAAUCCUAAAGAAAAUGCCGAUGCUGCCAUCACCAUCUUGAACAAGAUUGUCAACUUACCUGCUGACGAAUCAUUGAUUAAUGAAGGGACCGAUUUCUUACCCUGGUACUUGUUAGGAAGAGCUCACUCUUUUGUGGAACGUCCAAGAUUAGCUUAUGACUCAUACCAAGUUGCAUUGAAAUGUGCCUCAAACUCUCCAAUAACAUGGUUAGCAGUGGGGAAAUUGUACCUUGAAUUGAAACAGUUGCCAGAUGCCUUGGCUGCGUACUCGCAAGCAUUGAAAUUACAAUUGGAUGAUGGGUCUCAGGGUACUGCUACCGCAUGGGAUGGAUUAAGUUGUGUUUAUGAGCGUUGUGACGAUCACUUGAUGGAUGCUUCAGAUGCAUGUAAUCGAGCUGCUUUAUGUUACAAGGCCAUUGGCGAUUUGAAAAAUUACAAUUACUUUGAAUCCAGAGCUGACCAAUUUGCUAGAGCUGCGAAAAACUCGGCGCCCGUGCCGGAUUUAAGACAACCUCCCGAUGUACCUAGUUUCUUAUUGAGAGAUUUGGUUGCUUUGGCACCAAAUGAAAGAAUAGCAUUUACUCAAACUCAAAGACAAUCCCCACCACAGCAACAUGCACAGCAACAUGCACAGCCACCAGCACAGCCACCAGCACCACACCCUCAACAGCAACCACCACAACAGCAACCACCAGUGAAACAAGAACAAAACCCUUCAGUACAUCAAACACCAUCUUCACAACAACAGCAGCAACCUCAAUAUGGGCCUCCCCCACCUCAAUCACAAUACGGCCCACCACCUCCAUCUCAGCAACAGUAUCAACAGACACCACUGUACCAUCCAUCUCCCUAUCAACAACCAACGGUGCCGCAACAUUUGCAACCCACACCUCAACCACCCCACCAACAACCACAACCACCACAAUCGCAACAGCAAACUCCAUCACAACCGCCAUAUCGCUCUGUUGCUCAACCGCAAUACUAUUAUCCACCUCCACCACCACCACCACCACAACUUUCCCAGCCGCAGCAGUACUAUUAUGCAGCGCCCCCACCACCACAGUCACAACAACAAAACCAACAACAAAACCAACCACAACCACAACCACAACAGCAGCAGCAGCAACAUCAACAGCCACAACAUCAACAGCACUCACCACCACAACUUUCUCGUCCCCAAAUGCUUCACGCCGGAGCUGGAGCGGGAGGUCCACCACCACCGGCGCCACCACCAGGAACUCAAUAUCCUAUGGUUCCCCCCAACCCAGGAAGUUUACCACCACCACAGGGCACACGUGGAACAUUGGGUGGUGUGCCCGGAUACGGCCCAGGACAAGCUCCUCCACCGCCGCCUAAUUACGGACUGUAUUUGCCCGUACCUGGUAUAAACAACGGUGGGGGAGGCAGUAAUGGUGGUGGUGGUGCUGGAGGAAGUAGUAAUGGCAGUGGCCAACAACAACAACAACAACAACAACAACCGUAUGGAUCGCCUACUUGGAGGAGGUAA